AGUCAUUACUUGACAACGAAUAUAUAAUAUUAUACAUACAUAUGAAUAUCAGUAUCGUAGAACUCUCUAAAAACUUUAAUCAAAAUGGAGGUAGCAGAGCUUGAUCUUACAGCCAAAACGCACUAAAAGUUAUGUGGAGGAAGUAUUUCGCCGAGUAAAAGAAAAGCCUGGCGUGGAGGACCUAUUGAUCAUGAACCACUCGGGUGUUCCGGUGAAGACCUCGAUGGAUCGUCAGGAGAGCCUGCAGUAUGCCUGUCUAUAUGAUAACUUGCGGGAAAAGUGCCAGGCAUUCUUAUCCAAAUUGGAGCCAGCUCAAACUUUGACCUUCUUGAGAGUUCGUACCAAAUAUCAUGAGGUGCUCAUCACCCCGGAUGCCAAGAUCACCGUUUUAGUGGUCCAAAAUGCCAAAGAUACUUUCAUUAACAUGAACGCCUCACACUAAUACCCAUUUUAAAACAAAACAUUACCUUGUUAUAAUAUAUAAUGUUGGUGGUGGCCAUUAUUGUUUAUCCAUAAGUAACCAAACAAAACUGAAACACCAAUAAAAGUUUCAAAUUCUGUUUCAAGAGCA